CAUUUGGGAACGAGGCCAGUCUCACAUUAUAAAAAAGAAAAAAGGAAAGAAAAAUAGGACACUACGACAACCCAUGCAGGGCAUGUUUCAUAGCGGGUUGUCCAUAAAUCCAGGUGAUGCAGCCAUAAUAAGCAGUGUCCCACUUCAACUCUUCCUGGACCUUUUUUCUUCCACUGGACGCCAGAACACAUACAUUACACCACUGCUCUCUGCACCACUGGCACUACUCCAUUCCCUCACGAGACUCUCAACUGCAACAAAUCCAUCUGGACUUGUAUUUUGUUUUAUUAUCAUUAAAAACAUGUACUGCCUGAACUCUAAGAGUUUAGAGGAGCGCUGUCAGCGGAUCCUGCAGGAGAUGGAGGGCUCUCUGACGGCCCGGGACCGGGUGGGGAUUCAGGACUUUGUCCUUCUGGACGCCUACACCAGUGAAACAGCAUUCAUGGACAACCUCAAAAAACGGUUCAAUGAGAAUCUCAUAUAUACUUACAUUGGGACCCUUCUGGUGUCGGUUAAUCCAUAUAAAGAGUUGGGUAUCUAUACCAAGAAACAAAUGGACAUUUACAUGGGAGUCAACUUUUUUGAGCUGCCACCUCAUAUCUUUGCACUGGCUGACAAUGUUUACCGGACAAUGAUCAGUGAAACCAGCAACCACUUCAUCCUCAUCUCUGGUGAAAGUGGUGCAGGCAAGACUGAGGCCUCUAAGAAGGUCCUGCAGUUUUACGCUGUGAGCUGCCCGAGCACCAGACUCCUGGACAACGUCAGAGAUCGCCUCCUUCUCUCCAACCCCGUCCUGGAGGCUUUUGGAAAUGCCAAAACCCUGAAAAACGACAACUCGAGUCGAUUUGGAAAGUAUAUGGACAUACAAUUCGACCAUCAGGGAGCAGCAGUUGGAGGCCACAUCUUAAGUUAUUUACUGGAGAAGUCAAGGGUAGUUCACCAAAAUCAUGGAGAAAGAAACUUCCAUAUCUUCUAUCAGUUAGUUGAAGGAGGAGAGGAUGAGCUUCUUCGCUGGCUUGGUUUGGAGCGAAACUGUCAGAACUACCGCUAUCUUAUUCAGGGGGAAUGUGCCAAAGUAAGCUCCAUUAAUGACAAGAGUGACUGGAAAACUGUACAGAAAGCACUUACUAUCAUUGAGUUUAGUGAAAAAGACAUUGAGCAUCUGUUUGCGAUCAUUGCCAGUGUUCUUCAUCUUGGCAAUGUUCACUUUGAGGCCACUUUUCAGGGUUAUGCCAGACUGAACAGCAGUGGGGAAAUACACUGGCUGUCCAAAUUAUUGGGCAUCCCCUCAGACAUGCUGCAGGAGGGUUUAACUCACAGGAAGAUUGAAGCCAAAGCAGAAGAGGUACUAAGCCCUUUCACUGCUGAACAUGCAAAGUAUGCCCGGGACGCACUAGCCAAAGCCAUCUACGGACGCACAUUCUCAUGGCUUGUAAAUAAGAUUAACGAAUCAUUGGCAAAUAAGGAUUCAACCAGAAAGACAGUGAUCGGAUUGCUGGACAUUUAUGGAUUUGAAGUGUUUGAUGUGAACAGUUUUGAACAGUUCUGCAUAAACUUCUGCAACGAAAAGCUUCAGCAACUUUUCAUACAGCUCACCCUCAAAUCAGAGCAGGAGGAGUAUGAGAUGGAGGGGAUUGAGUGGGAGCCUGUGCCAUAUUUCAACAAUAAGAUCAUCUGUGACCUGGUGGAGGAAAAACACAGAGGCAUCAUAUCAGUACUGGAUGAAGAAUGCCUGCGUCCUGGAGAAGCCACAGAUUUUACAUUCCUGGAGAAGUUAGAGGGAAAGAUGAGCGGCCAUCCUCAUUUUGUCACGCACAAAUUGGCUGACCAGAAAACACGCAAGACCCUGGAACGAGGGGACUUCAGACUCCUACACUAUGCUGGAGAGGUUACUUACUCAGUUGUUGGAUUUCUGGACAAAAAUAAUGAUCUUCUGUACAGAAACAUUAAAGAGGUCAUGCGACAGUCUAAGAACAGCAUUAUUCAGCAUUGCUUCCACACUAUUGAGCCUGAUGGCAAGAAAAGGCCAGAGACGGUCGCCACCCAGUUUAAGAACAGCCUUGCAGGCCUGACUGAAAUCCUGAUGACGAAGGAGCCAUGGUAUGUGCGGUGCUUGAAACCCAACCACUGCAAACAGCCGGAUCGCUUUGAUGAUGUCAUGGUGAGACAUCAAGUCAAGUAUCUGGGGUUAAUGGAGCACCUGAGAGUCAGACGGGCUGGGUUUGCUUAUAGGAGAAGAUAUGAAGUCUUCCUCAAAAGAUACAAGGCUCUGUGUCCUGACACGUGGCCACACUGGAAGGGGACACCAGCAGAAGGAGUACAGCGGCUCAUUAAACACCUAGGCUACAAAACAGAUGAAUACAAGAUGGGAAGGACAAAAAUCUUUAUUCGCCAUCCCAGGACUCUGUUUGCCACCGAAGAUGCAUUUGAAGUCUGCAAGCAUGAAUUGGCCACAAGAAUCCAGGCCAAAUACAAGGGCUACAGGGUGAAAGGAGACUACCUGAGGCAGAGAGAAGCAGCUACCAAGAUUGAGACAUGUUGGCGGGGCCUUCAAGCCAGACGUGAGAGGGAAAGAAGAGCCUGGGCCGUCAAAGUCAUCAAAAAAUUUAUUAAGGGCUUCAUGAACAGGAAUCAGCCUGUAAGCAUGGACAACUCUGAAUAUCUGGCCUUUGUCAGACAGAGCUACCUCACUCGACUCAAAGAGAACCUGCCAAAAUCAGUUUUGGACAAAACCAUGUGGCUGACUCCUCCACCCAUAAUGCAGGAGGCCUCGGUUCUCUUGCGUAACCUGUACACACGCCUCCUUGUUCGGAAGUAUGUUCGAGGGAUCAGCGCACAGAGAAAGACACAGCUGCAAACAAAAGCACUGACCAGUGAAAUUUUCAGAGGCAGAAAGGAGAGCUACCCUCAGAGCGUAUGCCAACCUUUCGCUGACACUAGGAUAAGUGAACAGGACAUAAACAUCAAAGUCUUACAACUGAUUUGUCCUGAAGGCAUUAAGUACAGUGUUCCAGUGAUUAAAUAUGACAGGAAUGGCUUUCGUCCACGUUUCAGACAGCUUAUCUUCACUCAGGCCGCUGCAUAUCUGGUGGAGGAGGCCAAAAUCAAACAGAGGGUGAAUUACAGCUCACUAAAAGGGGUGUCUGUCAGCAAUUUAAGUGACAACUUCCUGAUUCUCCAUGUCGCAUGUGAAGACACAAAGCAAAAAGGAGACCUGGUCUUGCAGUGCAGUUAUCUGUUUGAGGCUUUGACAAAAAUCUGUGUAGUGACAAAGAACCGCAGCCUUAUCAAAGUUGUACAAGAGAGCGUGAGGUUUGACAUCCAGCCUGGCAAAGAAGGCUUUGUUGAUUUUAAGAGCAGCAGUGAAUCCAUGGUCUACAGAGCCAAGAACGGACACUUGAUGGUGGAAUCCGCACGGACAAAAUCUCGAUGACAAAGUUUUUCCUCACAGACUUCUCCACAGUGAAACAAUAAUGCACAGAGACACACAAAGGAAUUCAUUCAUCAGCUCAUUAGGAAAAAAAUAACAUUCAGACCUAAACAAAACAUGUGAAUCACAUGUAUGAGGCAUAAUUGAGGAUUCUCCAGGAUCAGAGUUGGGAAAAACUGCACUAGAAUAUUAAAAAAUGAUUUUAUUCUUCAAGGGACAAAUGAUGAAACUUUGUUCAACAAUUUAUUCAAGCUGGUGUAUUAAAAUUGCUGAACUUUUUAUUUGUUUCGUUUGUAUAAUUUAUAGUGUUUAAAUGAUGUGUUUUUAGUUGUAAGCUGUAGAUUGUUUUGUUGUGUUUUUUUAUAAACUCAUAUUUUGUCAUAAAUAUCCAGCAUUUCAUGAAAAGGACUAAUAUUUCUCAUCAAAUGAAAUUGAGUUUGUCUUUGAGCUUGCUAAACGGUGCACUUUUCUGAUGGACAGAAUGUUAUGUGUUAAUUGUUGCUUGAAAGCAGAACUUUUUAUUUUUAAUUGCUGUACAAAUGAAGUUCUGCAGCCUACAUGUUACUCUCGGAGAAUCAUAAAAUCUUAUUCAUUAGUGAUCAUGACAGAAAAAAAAACAUUUACAUUGUUAAUUUUUGUAUUUGUAUCUUGUUUUAUUUCCCAUACUGCCAAAACCUGACAACAUGUAACAUGCCAGCUUCAUUGCAUUGACAAACGUACACGUAAGCUGGUUAUGCCCAGAACACAUGAGGAAAAACAAUCUAUUUACAUAAUUUGUAUAAACUUUCAAAUACAAAAUGCCAUUUAAUAUGAGAUACAGAACAUAUGUAAAAUCUGUAGCCUUUAUAGAUUUGAUAGUGUCAUGGACAGCCAGUUAUUGUCAUGCUUUAUCUGAACAAUCCAUUGAAAUUUGUGUAGCUGUUGUGGUCUUAAAAUGCAGCAAACAUCUAUAUAUAGCCUAAUGAAAUUUAGAUGUUAGACUCAAUUUUAUAAUAAUGUAUUGUACUUUUUUAAUUUGUGAUGUCUUUUUUUCUCUUGGUAAUUCAGUUCAUUCAUUGUAUAAACUAUUUGCAGUGGUCAUCACUUUGUGGACGGUUCCUGAUGUUUCCAAUU